AUGGUUGUGAAGUCUGCAGAGGUAUCUGAUUCUGCUAUGCUUCAGAGAGAAGACUUGGUUCUUAGAAACUUCCAUACUUGUCCCUACAUCUAUCGUUGCUUCGACGAUGUAAUUAUGCCCGCUAAGGCCAAAACCCUAGCUGAUUUGAUCAGCAAAAAUGAUGGCAGAGGAUUUCCUGAAUCUGAUGUUAGGCGCUAUACAAGGCAUAUUCUUGAAGGUCUUGAUUGUGUUCAUAGCUCUGGUUAUGUUCACCGUGCUCUAAAGCCUGAAAAUAUCAUAAUUGCUCCAGUUAGUCUUAGUACUAGAACUGAGACUAAUUAUGUGGCUAAGAAUGGUGAUUUUGGGUUGGCAAACACAAAAAAGCAGAUGAUGACAACAUCAAAAUCUUAUAAAUUGAGAGGAAAUAUUCGAUAUUUGUCGCCAAAGACGGUGGUUGAUAGAGGGCUACAACAAGAGACUCCCUCUUCUAAUGUAUAG